GGGCGGCUAGCUCAUCACGAGGCCCUCCGCGUUUCGAGCACUGACUGGCGCGGAGGGGCCAGCGCACCGAGUGACCGAGGCAACCUCAUUCACGCUGCAAAUGGCGGUGCAUUCCAGUUGCCAGUAUUCUGGUGCCUGCAGCGGAUCGCAUUCCCGUUAACCAAGGCUGCAUUGCCAUGUCCCCGUGGGCUGUGCUUGCCAGUCGUACCUGCAUCGGCUGAAGGAGGACUAGCGGGACUUGGCGCUGUCAGCCCUGCCAUGGUUCGUCACUGGCCGGCUGAAUCAUUGUGAGCAAGCAAGCUUGCGGGCAACUUUUAUACCACUUCACCACUCCCCGCAGCCCAACACCACGUCGGACCUCACAAGAUACUAAACUCACCAUGCCUGUCGGGAUAAAAACCCCUUCGAAUCAGAUCAAGCUCACCAACCUUGCUUUGGUGCGCAUGAAAAAAGGCAAAAAACGCUUCGAGGUCGCAUGCUACAAGAACAAGAUCCAGGACUGGAAGAACAAGAUCGAGACCGACAUCGACAACGUCAUACAGCUCGAGGGUGUUUUCAUCAACGUCAACAAGGGUGAAAAGGCCUCCAAGGCCGAUCUUGAGAAGGCAUGGCCGGGCAUGAAGAACAAGGAGAUUGUGGAGGACAUCCUGGAACACGGAGAAUACCAGGUCGGCGAGAAGGAGCGCAGCGCAGAGCUCGAACGGAUAAAGAAUGAAGUGAUCAACAUUGUCGCCUCAAAGCUCGUCGAGCCGAAAUCGAAGCGCGUCUACACGACCGGUCUAAUCGAGAAGUCGCUCGACCAGCUGAGCCAACAGACCUCUGUACAACAGCAAGGCGACAAGGCAAACGGCGCAUCGGCAGAAGACGGAGACGAUAAAGAAAAGGCACUGCCUAAGUGGAGAGGUGUCGUGGCUACCAAAGAUGCCAAGUCGCAGGCCAACCAUGCUAUCAAGUGCCUCAUGGCCCACCAACCUAUCCCUGUCACACGCAUACAAAUGAGGCUGCGGAUUGUCUGCCCGACCGCAGUCACCAAACAAGCAGUGAAGUCGACGGGGAAGCCUGCAGAGAAAGGAAAGAAAGGAAAGGCUGCAGCAGAUGAAGAGCAGCAGGCCCUCAAGAGCGUAAAGGACACGAUAUUGAGCUACAUCGAGAAGGUGGAAACCGACGAGACAGAGGGCGCCGAGUGGGAGGCAGUUGGUCUUGUCGAGCCAGGCAGUUACAAGAGCUUGAACGAGUUCAUCGAGACCCACACCAAGGGCCGCGGCAGGGUGGAGGUACUGGAUCAGUCCGUCGGCGUCGACGUCUGAGCGAGCUGUCACUACAAUGUCAAUAGGAGUGAUUUGGUCGUCUCCGCACCAACGACCAAGGCAUCAAAGGAUUUAAGGUCUCAACACAGCGCUACCGACAGC